CCCAACUUCAAGCAAAAACCCUACAGCCCCUUUCACUCUACAUUCCUCCAAGAACCCUUCCCCUUUAUUGACCAACAAUGGCUUCUGUAGGUGGAAAACGGUUUUCUUUAACUGGAUCAACCAACAACAACAAAGAUGAAGGUGUUUUGUCCAAGAUUUCUCGUUCAUCUAUUGUUACAAAGGGUAAAGAAGCAGCUUGUGGUGCUACUUAUGUGGGUAAAAAACUAGCAAAGAGUACUGGUAAAGCUGCUUGGCUUGUUGCUACAACAGUUUUGGUUCUUGGUUUGCCUUUAAUGAUAGUGAUGGAUCGUGAACAGCAGCUUAAUGAACUUGAUCUUCAACAAGCUAGUCUUCUUGGUGCACCUCCUGCUUCAGUUGUUGUACCUCAGAAGUGAUUUUUUUUUUUUCCAGUAUGUUUGUGAACCUUUUUAUGUUUUAUCUAGUGUUUUGAUGAUGGGGUUUGCAUAAUUAAUAGAAUAUUUUGGCUAGUUCUGGUAAAUUGAUUUUAUCAGGUGACAUGUGUUGUUUUUAGUUUUUAGUGAUCUUGAUCUUCAAUAUGAACCAAAAAAAAAAAGAUUUGAUCUUGAUGUUGUUUCUUUGUGUAAUUUAGUGUUUUGGUGAUGGGGUUUGCAUAAUUAAUAGAAUAUUUUUGGCUAGUUCUGGUAAAUUGAUUUUAUCAGGUGAAAUGUGCUGUUUUUAGUUAUCUCUAGCCUUCUUGGUGCACCUCCUGCUUCAGUUGUUGUACCUCAGAAGUGAUUACAGUAUUUACUUAUCAUUAUGUUUGUGAACUUUUUAUGUUUUAUCCAGUGGUUUGAUGAUGGGGUUUGCAUAAUUAAUAGAAUAUUUUGGCUAGUUCUGAUAAAUUGAUUUUAUCAGUUGAAAUGUGUUGUUUUUAGUUAUCUCUAGCCUUCUUGGUGCACCUCCUGCUUCAGUUGUCGUACCCCAGAAGUGAUUAUUUUUUCAUUAUGUUUGUGAUCCUUUUUAUGUUUUAUUUAGUGUUUUGAUGAUGGGGUUUGCAUAAUUAAUAGAAUAUUUUGGCUAGUUCUGGUAAAUUGAUUUUAUCAGUUGAAAUGUGUUGUUUUUAGUUAUCUCUAGCCUUCUUGAUGCACCUCCUGCUUCAGUCGUUGUACCUCAGAAGUGAUUAUUUUUUUUUUUCCAGUACGUUUGUGAACCUUUUUAUGUUUUAUCUAGUGUUUUGAUGAUGGGGUUUGCAUAAUUAAUAGAAUAUUUUUGGCUAGUUCUGGUAAAUUUGAUUUUAUCA